CAAUGAGGUACGUACUUACUUAUUCAACUGAACCUUCUAACAACACUAUAAAUAAUCCCUUAUGCAGUUAUGCUCCAUUUCAAUUCACAGAGAUAAAUCCUAAUCAAAUUCCAAAAAAAGGGAAAAAAGUAAAAAUGGUAGCCAAAAAUAGUUCCUUAGUUUUCGUUUUCUCCAUCUUACUUCUUGUGGUGGUGGGUUCAUUCCCACAACUCAUUUCCGGCCAAAACUGUGGUUGCAAUGGCCUGUGCUGCAGCCAGUACGGCUACUGUGGCACCGGAAACGACUACUGCGGCGACGGCUGUCAGGAGGGUCCUUGUUACUCAUCAGGUGGUGGUGGUUCUGGUGUUGCUGAUAUAGUGACUGAUCCUUUCUUCAACGGGAUUGCGAACCAAGCCGAUUCGAGCUGCGAGGGAAAAGGGUUCUACACUCGAUCCGCGUUUCUUAACGCCGCCAAUUCGUAUCCUGGAUUUGGAACCACUGGUUCUUCCGAUGAUGCUAAGAGGGAAAUUGCUGCUUUCUUUGCUCAUGCCACUCAUGAGACUGGACAUUUUUGCUACAUAAAUGAGAUAAAUGGUGCCACAAGGGAUUAUUGUGACGAAACAAAUACUCAAUAUCCAUGUGUACAAGGGCAGGGUUACUAUGGAAGAGGUCCUCUCCAACUAUCAUGGAAUUUCAACUAUGGUCCAGCUGGAAACAGUAUUGGUUUCGAUGGUUUAGGGAAUCCAGGUAUUGUGGCACAAGACAAUGUGAUUUCAUUCAAAACUGGGUUGUGGUUUUGGAUGAAUAAUUGCCAUUCCGUCAUCAAUUCUCAAGGAUUUGGGGCUACAAUCCAGGCAAUUAACGGUGCGAUCGAAUGUAGUGGUGGAAAUACAGCUGCUGUUAAUGCUAGGGUUGGGUAUUAUACUGAUUAUUGUAACCAACUCGGUGUUAAUCCCGGUCCUAAUCUCUAUUGCUAAGCUGCACUAUUCUUGGCUAAAAACAAUCUUAAUUUAGGCACAAUAAAAAUAAUUUCCUUUGGAGUUAUCUUCUUCGAUAAUCCAAAAUCCAAAUAAAACUGUGCUCAGAUUCCGGUUAUAAAAUAAUAUAAGAAAAUUAUUAUUUUAGAAUUUCAUCCUUUUUUUCUAAUAUCUAACGUUAUGUAUUUCAAAUAAAUACUCCCUAAAUGCGGAAAAAAAUAAAAAUUCUAUUGGAUUAAAAUAAUAACAAGGC